AUGGUUGGUCGGUCGGUUGGUCGGUUGGUCUGUCGGCCGUUUGCCGUCGUCGCAGCUGUUCGAGGUGGGUCUCAGCCGCCUCAAGCGCCUCAGUCGCCUCAGCCACCUCAGCCGCCAACGCUGCACAGCCAGCGCAUUGUGUCAAAUUUUUGUUUCGCACAUGGGAAAUGCUUAUUUAUUGCCGGUGAAAUUGCUCUUGUGGGUACAGUCGUAAUCGGCACUGCAACAACGUUCCGUCUAAUGGCGCUAACGCCGCCGAUGAUCGCGCAGUAA